AUGGUAUCAAAAAAAAGAAAUAUGCCAUUUGAUAAAAUUCAUUCCAAGAAGAUGUUUAAAGCAGAUAACAAAAAAAAUAACUGUGAUGAUUCAAGUACUGCUAAAAAUAUACGAAUUACUUCUUUAAAUGAAAACUCAAUUGAAAAAUUACAAGAAAGUAUAACCAUUAAGGAUGAACUUUUGCCAGUUACAGAUGAUUCAAUUGAUGUUGAUGAAAUUAAUAACUCGAAUGAUCACUCAAUAGGACCAGUAAUAAAGUCAAAUGGAAUUCCUAAUUCUUUUCAAGUUAUUUAUCGAAUUUGCUCGGAUAAAGUCAUUAAAAAUGAUGAACAUCAAAAAAACACAAGAACUCGUACUAGAUCACUUGCUUCUAAAAAAUGUAGUUUUUGUACAGAAGAUGAUGAUGAACUGAGCUUUACUCAAGAUUAUGAUGAUGUUGAAAGAGCACGUGUAGUUAAAUUGGCAGUAGAAAAUCCAACUUGGUCAUUAAAUAUGUUGAGAGAACGCAGUGGAUGUAUAAAUAUUAGAGACCGCUAUCAAGUUAAAAAGUGGAAAAAACAGAUUGAACGAGGAGGAACUCAUGGUCAAAAAAUGAAUCUUAUGGAACAAAUUAAGAAACAUCAGCUUGAGACAACUGAUCAAGAAUUAUUUACUGAUUCAUUUAAUUUUUGUUGGGAACUUUUGAAAAGUAAAGAAUAUUAUCUCAGUGAACUUGAAUCAAUAAAAAUUGUAACAGCAGAAGCCACUUGUGACUCAGGUUAUGAUGAUAAUUGUGAUCAAUUGGAUCAACAACAAAAACAACAGCAAGUUGACAAAGUGAACAUUGACAUCGACAAUAGUCAAGACAAGAUGAUAUUAGAAAAAAGGAAAAUAUCAGUUGAUGAAAUUCAUUCAAAGAAGAUGUUCAAAGAAGAUAACAAAAAAAAUAACUGUGAUGAUUCAAAUAAUGCUGAAAAUGAAAAAAAAUUAUUUACAAAAGACAAUAUAACCACUAAAGAUGAAAUCGUGUCAGAUGAUUUAAUUGAUGUUAGUAAAAUUAAUAACUGGAACGAUCACCCAUAUGCACUAGAUAUAAAGUCAAAUGAAAUUUCCAAUUUUUCUAAAGAUAAUAAUCAAAGUUACUCGAAUGAAGUCAUUGAAAGUGUUGGUUAUCAAAUGAACACAAGAAUUAGUACUGGAUCUCUUGCUCCUAAAAACUAUAAUUUUCAUAUAGAAGAAGACUAUGAUAGCAACAAAAACAACUGUGAUGAUUCAAGUAAUUCCAGUGAUAUACAAAUUGUUUCUUCAAAUGAAAACUCAAUUGACAAAUUACAUAUGAUUGAUUUUAUUGAAAAAGAAGAAAAAUUAUUUAUAGAAGAAAGUAUAACCAUUAAAGAUGAAAUGUUGCCAGUUACAGGUGAUUCGAUUGAUGUUGAUAAAAUAAAUAACUCGGACAAUCAGUCAAUUGGACAGAAAAUAAAGUCAAAUGAAAUUUCCAAUUCAUCUAAUAAUACUAAUCAAAGUUGCUGGAAUAAAAUUAUUGAAAGCGUUGAUUAUCAAAAAAACACAAGACUUCGUACUGGAUCACUAGCUUCUAAAAAAUAUACUUUUCAUCCAGAAGAAGAUGAUGAUCUAAGUACUACCACAGACGAAAAUUACAUAUAUGAUGAUGAUGAUGUUGAUGAUGAACUAAGCCUCACUAAAGAUGAGAAUAGCCUAAUUCAAAAUAAAAAUCUUAAAGAUAAAAUUAAAAUAAUUGACGGUAUUUCUUUCGAAGAAAAAACACGUGUAGUUAAAUUGGCAAUAGAAAAUCCAACUUGGUCAUUAGAUAUGUUGAGAAAACACAGUGGUUGUAAAAUUAUUAAACAACGUCUUCAAAUUGAAAUGUGGAAAAAACAGAUUCAACAAGGAGGAUCUUAUCUUGAAAAAUCAAAAAUCGAAACAAUAAAAAGUGUAACAACAGAAGCCACUUGUGUUUCAGGUUAUGAUGAUAAUUAUAAUCAAUUUAAUCCACCACAACAAGUUGACAAAGUUCACAGUCAAGACAGGAUGAUAUCAAAAAAAAGCAAAAUACCAGUUGAUGAAAUUCAUUCCGAGAAGAUGUUUAAAGCAGUUAGCGGAAUUUCUUAUGAAGAAAGAAGUCGUGUAGUUAAAUUGGCAAGCAAAAAUCCAAAUUGGUCAUUACAUUGGUUAAGAGAACGUAGUGGAUGUGAAGGUAUUAGACAACGCAGCCAAGUUGAAGAGUGGAAAAAACAGAUUCAACAAGGAGGGUCUCCUCGUGAAAAAAUGAAUUUCGUUGUUGAAAUGAAUGAUCAACAAUUGUUUACUGACUCAUUUAAAAUUUGUUGGGAACUUUUAAAAAGUAGAGAAUAUUAUCUAUGUGAACAUGAUACCAAUAUAUAUUCAAGGUUGUCAUUAAAUUAUGGUCAAGACAUGUAUGAUGCCAUGGUGAUAAUUAUAAACAAGAUUAUAAAAUCCAAUGAAAAAUUAAAAGUUGAAUCAAUAAAAAGUGUAACAGCAGAAGCCACUCGUAACUUAGGUUAUGAUGAUGAUGAUUAUGAUGAAUUGAAUCAACAACGAAAACAACAAGUUAACAAGGUUCUUAGUAGAGACACGAUGAUAUCAAAAAAAAGAAAUUUGCCAGUUGAUAAAAUUCGUUCCAGGAAGAUGUUUAAAGCAGAUUACAAAAAAAAUAACUGUGAUGAUUCAAGUAAUGCUAAAAAUAUACAGAUUGUUCCUUUAAAUGAAAACUUAAUUGACAAAUUACAUAUGAUUGAUUUUAUUAAAAAGGAACAAGAAUCAUUUACAGAACAUAGUAUAACCAUUAAAGAUGAAUUGUUGUCAAUUGCAGUGGAUUCAAUUAAUGUUGACAAUAUAAAUAACUUGAAUGAUCACUCAAUUGGUCUAAAAAUAAAGUCAAAUGAAAUUUCCAAUUUUUUUAAAGAUAAUAAUCAAAGUUACUCGAAUAAAGUCAUUGAAAAUGUUGAACAUCAAAUAAACACAAGAUUUCGUACUCGAUCACUUGCUCCUGAAAAAUAUAGUUUUCAUACAGAAGAAGAUGAUGAUCUAAGCUUUACCACAGACGAAAACUACCUUGAUAAUGAUGAUGAUGAUGAUGAUUUCUAUCUUUAUAUUACAAAAAAAAUAACUGAUCAUCCAAGUUAUGCUAAAAAUAUACAAAUUACGUCUUCAAAUGAAAACUCAAUUGAAAAAUUGCAUAUGAUUGAUUUUAUUAAAAAGGAAGAACAAUUAUAUAAUGAUCAAAGUUGCUCAAAUAAAGGCAUUGAAAAUGUUGAACAUCAAAGACAAGCAAGAAUCCGUACUAGAUCAGUUGCUUCUAAAAAAUAUAGUUUUUGUACAAAAGAAAAUGAUGACCUAAGCUCUACCACAGACGAAAAUUACAUUGAUGGUGAUAAUAAUAGCCUAAAUCAAAAUAGAAAUCUUAAAGAUAAAAUCAAAAUAAUUGACGGUAUUUCUUUCGAAGAAAAAACAGGUGUAGUUCGAUUGGCAUUAGAAAAUCCAACUUGGUCAUUAGAUAUGUUGAGAAAACACAGUGGUUGUAAAAUUAUUAAACAACGUCUUCAAAUUAAAAUGUGGAAAAAACAGAUUGAACAAGGAGGAACUCUUCGUCGAAAAAUGAAUUGUGUUAAUAACUGGGUUCUAAAUAAGUGCAUUUAG